AUCAAUUUGAUUUAAUUUGUUGUCCAUGAAGUUAGUUGCAUAACGCUGUGUUUUCCCCUCGUUUAGUUUUCCUAAAAAUCGUCAAUUUGCCAAGGAUAUUCGUUCGCGAAUUUAAUCACAUCUAAAUAAUUCAUAAGUCUAAAUCAGGAUGAAAUCUAUUUAUAAAUAAUCAUUUAAGUUUAUCACUUUUUUUACGCCCGCCGGGUUUUGAAGAGACAUUGAGGUUAUGUGUAAACAAAAAUUUCGCGAUAUCUAACCGAAACUUCGUGUAGAGAUAAAUGUAGUGCUGAUUACGUUGAUAUUGUUCGAAAAUGAGUUAUCAAGAGCCGAAAAGAUUUAUGUUUCACAAAAAAUAUACAAAUAAAAAAUCGCCAUUGAAACAUAAACCAGAAGUGGUGCCCCAAAGUCUUAAUAGUUACAUAUGUUCAAAAUGUAACCAAUUCUAUGAUUUUCAAUUAUCAAGUAAUAAUACUUACAUUGGUCGAGUGCCAUUGUUGCUAAAAUGCAAACACACCCUUUGUGAGGAGUGCAUUUUAUCAUCAAUGUUAAAAGAUAAAUUGGAAUGUGUAGAAUGUAACGAUAUAACCAUUUUUAAUGAAAAAUACUCAAAGGAUACUAAACUCCAAGAUAUUUUUCCUGUUAAUUUUUACGUUUUCGGUAUGGUUCUUUAUUAUCGUCGUUCAAGGGUUUUAAAACCAAAUUUUACAUUUCGACCUGUCCAAACAGAUAAAAUGAUCAACAAUAGCCUUGAAGAUGAGACUUCAAUGAUUUGUUGUCAACUUAAUUGCACCAAUUUUGUCGCUUUAAAAUGUUUUGAUUCUGAUUAUAUGCUGUGUGAAACAUGUUUGAAAUUAUCUCAUAAUUCUUCAGCUGAAGCAGAACAUGAUAUGGUCGAUUUGAAAAAUUUCACUCCCGAAUUACAAGAAAAGUGUUUAGAACAUAAAAGCAAUGUUUUAGAAUUUGCUUGUAAACAGUGUGAUUUAAAACUUUGCUGUUAUUGCGUUUUAAAUAAACAUAGAGAUCAUGAUUAUCAUCAGCUUACCCAAAUGAAUGAUGAAGAUUUGGGGAAAAUUGAAGCUCUACUUGGUGAAAUUGAAAAUUCUUUGGGAUAUUUAAGAGCAACUGAUAAGAAAAUUACUUCAUAUCUUAACCGAACAUCGAAGGAUUUGGAUUCGAAAUCAAACGAAAUUAAAACAAACUUAUCAAUUGAAAUAAGCAGGCAUUUUGAAAAUUUCCACGCAAAACUUCAAAGAAUCGAAACGAAUCUUCACGAGCAAUUAGAGCAACAUAAAACGUCGAAAAAGAAAUCGUUAAUUAUUACUCGAGAGAAGGUCCAGCAAAAUUUAACCUUUUUAACCAAAUUAUCUAAUUGUGCCAAACAGUUACUCAACAAAGAAGAUGUUAAAUACGACGUUGAAUUUAUUAUUAAAAAUUUAAUGUUGGCUUUAAAAGUGAAGUGCCAUUUGAUGCAGCAAGAAGUUGACGACCACAUAAAAAUUGAUUUUGGAUCUGCCAUCCAUGACAUAGACGACUCUUAUCAUUUUCAACGCGACCAAAAAAACGAAUUCUUUCUUAUCCAUACUCAAGAUUUACCCGAAGAAUACAAACUUAACGAUGCCAUUUCUUUGGAUUCUAUUUCAAGUCAAUCUACAUCAUUAACAAAUGACGACACCAUCGAUGAAGAAUCCAUAAAAAACACAUCAUUAGGAGAAAACGAUUUAUCAACUUCCACUAAAAAAAGUGAUAUUACAUCGAAAUAUGCCAUUUUAAAACGAGAUCACUCUAACUCUUCAAGUUUGAGCUUUAGCCAAAAGUCGAGAAAAUCUAGUUUGAGUUCAUUGGAAUCAAUAGAUGAUCAAAUGAGUUUUAAUACAAAGAAUUUAUCGAUGAGUUGCGAGAAAAUUCCAGAUUUACUAGCGGGAAAUAAAGAACAAGUUACCGUUACCCAUAUUAACAGUCCAAGUUCGUUUUACGUGCAUUUCAUUAAGUCGCGAAAUACUUUUAACGAAUUAACACGCGUUGUUAGCAAGUAUGCUAAAGGAACAUGUAUAAAAGUCGAACCUGAAUUGAAUGAAAUUUAUUUGGUAAAAUUUUCCGACCCAAAUCAUACAAAAUGGUAUCGCGGUCGAAUUACGGAAAUUGAUAAAAUCUCCGAUAAAUACACUGUAUUCUUUAUUGAUUACGGAAACACUUCCGUUGUAUCAAAAAAAUGGAUCAGAUAUCUUCCACCAAAAUUAAUGAAAUUCCCGCCAUUAGCAAUUCAUUGUAAAUUUUCUGAAUUAUACCCUUUAGAAUCAUUUUGGAAUAUAAACGCGCUAUCUUUGAUGGCCGAUAUCGUGAAUAACGAAAUAUUAUUGAUGAUUAUCAUUAAGAACUCUUUGGAUGCGUUGGAAGUUGAUUUAAUUACUUUGGAUGGAACCACUUCCGUUCGAGAAGCUUUGAUUUUUAGUAGAGAAGCUGUCCCGAUUUUAAAUUCAAAUCAUCUUGUUUUAGAAGCGAAAAAGGAAAUGGGUAUUUCUUUUAAACCGAAAAAUGAUAUUAUUUUCCCGCAAGGCAAAUUUAACCAAUAUGAAUCUCAUAAAGUUAUUAUUACUCAUGUUGAAUCUCUUUCCGAAAUUUAUUUAAUUAUGGCGGAAUCUCAUAGACCGUUUAAUGAUUUAAAAAAAGAAAUGAAUAAGACCUAUUUAGGUGCUAAAAAGGGAUUUGUUUAUUCCAUGGAAGUUGGAAUGUACGUUGCGGUGUCGAUUAUAGAAAAAGAAUCAAUAGUGAAUUGGUACCGAGCAAAAAUCACCCAAGCGCCAGAAUCUCGUAGCACAGUAAUCGUGAAAUUGAUCGAUGUUGGUGUAACCGUAGCGAUUCAAUGGGAAAACAUAAGGAAAUUAAAUGAUACUUUCUACAAAACGAACGCAUUGGCUUUUCAAGUUGCGUUAAUCGACGUAAACAAUUUCACCGAUGAUAAUACGUCGACUGAGAAAAUCACCAAGUUCUUCCAACGUUAUGUACAAAAAGGAAUUGUUUUAGAAAUGAUUGUCCAGGAAAAUGACGUCGUACCUAAAAUUGUUUUGGUCGAAACUUCCGAUGACACCAAAUUUUGCGUUAAUGGAAAGCUGGUUGCUGAAGAUUGUGCAGUAGGAACUGGAAAAUAUGGUUAUGAAAUAUCAUUUAAAGGAGAAGACCAACAAAAUUUCACCGUCGAAAUGAUGAAAAUGAUUCAAUCGAGUCAAUCAAACGAUUCCUCGGAUUCUCACGAUUCAACACUAGACGGUUACAACAAUCAAACUUUACAAAUUGAAGUCGAAAUCGUCUCCGUGGAAACCCCCAGUUUAAUUUAUCUCAAAAUUUUGCAGAACGAACGUAAAUUCAAAGAACUUCACGCUGCAAUGCAAGCUUGUUACGACAGCAGUACCGCAUGGCCCAUCGAAAAAUGGGCUCCAAAACAAUUAGUUGCCGUCAAAUACAACGGGGAAUAUCUCCGCGGGAUUGUCCGCGAAGAAGUCGCCGAAAACAAAUAUUUAGUUUCACUAAAAGAUAUUCGAAAAGACGUCGAAAUCGAAGCUAAAGAUAUGAUGAUGUUGUAUAAAAACUUUACUAAAUGCCCCGAAUUAAUUACAAGGUGUCAUUUAGCUAACAUAAUCCCCGCGGGGGGUUCAGAAAAGUGGUCCGCGAUGGCGUGCGAGUUAUUAGAAGAAACUCUAAAAGGGAAAUCAAAAAUUUAUUUGAUUAAAGUGGGGAAAAUCGAUAUGAAUACGAGAUCUUUACCCGUUUUGCUUUGGUACAAACAAUAUUUUCCUGGGUCUGCUUUAGAAGAAUCAAAAACGGUUAUGUACUCCAUAAACAAAGUUUUAUUAAAAAACGGUUUAGCUUUAAAAACGAACACAAUCAAAGAAAGUUUACCAUCCCCAGAAAAAAUAAUCCGCACCGACUCCAUCGAUAAAAAAUUUUGGGAUUGGCCCCCACCCGUUUUAAUCCAAGACGACCACAUCGUAGCGAUUCCUUCUUGCGUUAACAGCUCAGGUCAAAUUUAUAUUCACGAUGUACGCGAUGAAACCGCUUUAACCGAGAUGUCAAAAAAGUUAUUAAAUUAUUUUAAAGACACCGAAGUCGAUAAUAAAUUAGAAGAUUGGAAAGUCGGAGAUAUCUGCAUCGCUAAAUACUUCUUAAACGAAGGGUGGUAUCGCGCUAAAGUCGUCGCGAUCAACCAAAACACCGUGAGCGUUGUCAUGGUCGAUUAUGGAAACGAAGAAGAUUUAAACCCCAUCGAUUUACGAAAAGAAAUCUUAUUCGAUAACGUCCCAAUUUACGCCUCAAUCGUUUAUCUUCAAGAUUUAAACCCUUUAAAUGACGUUUGGGAUAAAGAUGAUUUAGACAUCCUCCACGGUGCAAUCGUCGAUAAAGAAAUUGAUGUUUAUUUCACGAAAGGACACAACAUCAGAAAUCCAUCCCCCGUUUUAAUGUCUUUUAAAGGUAUCAACGUUAACGACUUUAUGAUGACGAAAUGCAAACAUUUACAAAAAUCAACCGUAAUUGAAACAGAAAUAAAUUCGUUUCUUACAAAUAGUGAUUGCGAAUGCGAUUCUGAUUCGCCAUCCGUUGUGCUUCUUCCCAAUGAUGAAACCGACAAAGAAAGCGAAAAAGACGAAGAAAUAAUUAAAAUUACUCGAGAAAUUAAUACGUUUGAGGAAACGCUCAAAAAAGAAUUAAAAAAUAAGGAGGAAUUAAUUAAUGAAACAAAUAAUGAAAUCAAAUUUAAAAUAGAAAAUAUUUCAAAUAACUCAUCGUUUGAAAUUGUAAUAAUAAAUCUUUUCGAUUACAACCAAAUCAUUUUUGAACAAGCGAAUUACGAACACACAAAUUUGGAACAAUUCGAAGCUAUGGAGAAAGAUAUCCAAUCUAAUUCGCAAUCAUUAAAACCUUUAGAAAAUAUCAUUUUGGACGCGCCGUGUAUCGUGAAAUACAGCCAAGAUAAUCAAUAUUAUCGCUGUAAAAUUUUGGGCAUCCGUAAAGAUGACGUUUUAGUUUGGUUUGUGGAUUACGGUAAUUUUGAGUACGUCCUAAAAAGUGAAUUAAAAGAGAUUAAAAUGGAUUGGUUGGAUUAUCCGAUUCAGCAACAUUUCGCGGAAAUCGACGACGUUAAGUUGGAGAAUCCGGCUAAAAAGGAAGAAUUUAAAGAGUUUUUGGCGAAAUUUUAUUCCGAAAUAUUGUUGGCGGAAGUGGCGAUGAGGGAGCCGCUUAAAGUGAAACUUUUUGAUACGAAAACGCGCGAAUUGAUUUAUCAACAAUUUAUUAAUUGAUUUAUUUUUUUAUUUUAAGCUUUAUUUUAUUAUAAAUGUUUUUUUUUAAACAAAAAUUGUUUGGUAGGAUAGAGUUAGAAUUGUAUCAGAUAUUAGUAAAGUCAAAUGUUAUUGCAUAAAUUAUGCCUUAGUAGGACAUUUGACAAUUAAGUUUAAAUUUGAUAUUUUAUUAUUAAUUUAGGUUUAGAUACAGUUAAUUUCUUUCAUUUAAGAAUGUAAGUAAUAAUUUGGUUGUUUUAAUAAAUUGUAAGACUUUUGUUAAAAAAUAAUUUUGAAUUGGUUA